UUUCGUCUUCAGUAAAACCAAAAUGGCGAUUCACGCCAAAUUAUUGAUACACUGGGUUUCUUAUAAAUGAUUUAUCAUGUAAUAUUUUUAAGUAAAUUUUGAAAAAUUGUGUCAAAUGAGUGCGUGGCAAAGUUUAGUUAACCAAAGAUUACUAGAAAUCCUUAUUUUUGUAAAAUAUAUAGAUUUAUAUUUAUAAAGAUUUAUAUUUAGUGAAAAGAAUAUUUAUGUACAAGCGCACUGACGAACAGGAUGGCUACCUCUGCGAAUGGGAACGGCAACUUGGUUGACGAAUUCGAAGAAGCAUUUCAACAAUGUUUACACAUGCUAACCAAGGACGAAGGGCUGGGGAACAAUUGCGCCUGUGGCUUGUCGAUGGAUAAAGAUGAGGCAAAAGGCGAAGUGGAACAAGUUACCUUACGAUUCAUAGAUUUGGCCCGGCAAGUGGAAGCUUUCUUUUUACAAAGAAGGUUUCUUCUCUCUGCCCUAAAACCCGAACUCAUUAUAAAAGAAGACAUCGCUGAUCUUCGAAUGGAACUUGUGAGAAAAGAAGAAUUAAUAAAGAGACAUUACGACAAAAUCGCAGUUUGGCAAAAUCUUCUUGCCGAUUUGCAAGGCUGGGCAAAAUCUCCAGUUCAAGGUCCAGCUCCAAAUGGAAUCGCCAAUGGGAGUUCUAGUGUUCAAGGUCAACCGGGAGGAAAUGGCAGUGGAGCAUCGUCCAUGCAACAGCAGCAACAAUUACUCCAACAUCAACAACAGUUGCAACAACAGCAAUUACAGCAGCUUCAGCAGCAUCAAAUGCAGCAGCAACAACUUCAUCAACAGGUGCAACAGGGACCCGGAGCACCGCCUCCGCCAGGUAUGCAGGGAGUCGGCGUCCCCGUCGGUCAGCAGGGCAUGUUCAUGGGCCAGGCCGGCCGAGCUGCAGGCUUCCCAGUCGGAGGUGUCGGAAGCGGUUCCCUGCCGAGUCAUUUAGCGUUCCUCGAGAAAACGACGAGCAAUAUAGGGAUGCCGGAAAGGCGGAGUUGACGCGGAAGGGGGAGGGGGCGAGGCCGAGGUCGUGGAAGAGGUCGGGGGAGAGGUAGAGGCGCCGGUGGAAAUCUGCCGCCUCCACCACCCCUUCUCGACCCUUCCGAUCCUUCAUCUUAUGUCGCUGCUGCGACCUCUGUUGCAGCGCCCCUUCCCUCACAGCAGCAACAACCACCACCUUGCUCUUAAUCUUUUCUCUUUCCAUCGUAGGAGACAAACUCUCUCUCCUCUGUCUUCCCGAAAAAAUAAUCAUUCCUCUUCACAAAAAAAUAACCGUCCCUCUUUCCAAAAAAAUAACCAUUCCUCUUUCCAAAAAAAUAUCCGUCCCUCUUCCCAAAAAAAUAACCAUCCCUCUUUCCAAAAAAAUAACCAUCCCUCUUUCCAAAAAAAUAACCGUCCCUCCUCUCUAGCUAAACAGUACAAAAUUCCAAUCAAAAAUUGCAUCUCCCAAAACACGAAAAAGACUGAAAGUGCCUUACUCCCUAAAAUAAGAAUGACAAGCAACAAAAAAGCACCGACCAACCUUAGAGAACCUUAGCAGGGUGUCUACUAAUCGGGAAAACCGGGAAAUAGCCGGGAAUUUUUUCACCAAAUUGAAAAAAAAAAUUAUUAUUUUAAUUUCUUUUUAAAACAUCGCUUUUUAUUUAAAUUUUCAUAGAUAUUUAUACUGUUCUCU